CCCAUUCUGUAGGGCUCCCUCUUCGAAGUAACCAACUAUUCUUCAAAGUUUUGAUCGCAGCAUUUUAAACUUAAAAGCUACUUAGGAGGGUCUGAAAACUUACUGAAAAUGGGAAACGAAGCUUCUUUGCCGGGUGAUAUGGUGACACAUUUUGAUGCAGACGAAAUAAGACGCCUCGGGAAGAGAUUUCGGAAGCUCGAUUUGGACAAAUCUGGUGCCCUUUCUGUUGACGAAUUUAUGUCACUACCUGAGUUACAGCAAAACCCUCUAGUCCAAAGAGUAAUCGAUAUCUUCGACACAGAUGGGAAUGGCGAAGUGGAUUUUAAAGAAUUCAUAGAAGGAGUUUCACAGUUCAGUGUAAAGGGAGACAAAGAAUCCAAGUUAAAAUUUGCCUUUAGGAUAUAUGAUAUGGAUAAUGAUGGUUUCAUAUCAAAUGGAGAACUCUUCCAAGUUCUUAAGAUGAUGGUAGGAAACAACCUCAAAGAGACUCAGCUACAACAAAUUGUGGAUAAGACUGUUAUAAAUGCUGACAAGGAUGGUGAUGGAAAAAUCUCUUUUAGUGAAUUUUGCGCCGUUGUUGGUAAUAUGGAUGUUCACAAGAAGAUGGUAGUCGAUGUCUAACAAGAUCUUAAUGAACCAAGUCUUUGAACUAUUUAUUAUUCUUAUUUCCACGAGGAGACAUUUUGUAAAAACAAACAAACAAUGAUAUUCUUGACCUCUAUCUCUUGUGGCUGCUGCUGCUGCAUGUUGGGAAAGCAUUGUUGCAGCGGUUGGUUGAUUCACGUGGCUACAUGAAGGAAUCAAUGAGGUGCUGUCCUUGCUAGAACAAAAGAUGCCAGCUAGAAGCAGAUGUGAAACGUAAAGAAAUAAGAAAAUAUACGACUAUAGUAUAUAUAUUAUACAGUAAGCAACUUGCCACUCACAAGAAUGUCUGUAAAAUGGAAGCAGUUAUUAUGGUUAGAAUUAGGGAAGACUUGGGUUUUGUUGAAUUUUAUUAACUUUGACUCUGAGCAUUCAUAUGUAGCAUUUUAUUGGAAAAAAAUGAGUAAAUAUGAUUGUCCCAUAACCCAGCAUGCAUGCACAAACACGUGGUUAUGUUUUACAAACUCUCUUAAUUUUUUGCUCCUCCUAAUGUUCGUCAAACUGACUGCCCAAAAUUAUUAAAAUGUAUUUCCUUUCAGCUUCCCAUUUUGCUUGUACUGUAGUCCUUAAACAUAAACAGCAUGCUCUUGUCUGCUUGCCUAGAUUUGUAGUUUUUUGAUCAAUAGACUCAUUCAGACACUGACAAAUACAACAGAACUAUGUCAAACUGAAAUUCAAACAAGACAAGGCACUAAGCUUCCAUAUCAUUCAGAAAUGCCAAGAAUUUUAGUUUAUUUUGACAAACUUACUGGGUGAAAAGUGAACUUCUUGUCAAGUGCUACCUUGAAAUACACAUAUAUCUGUAUCUCAAAGCGGUUUUUAAUUGAUUAAUACAGUUAAUUUUAGUUCAGCUUAGAUAUUAUCAUUGCCUUGUACAAUUCAUAAAAAAGGUUUUAUGAAAUUGAUGACUCUUUUUUCAUUAGCAAGUGAAUAUUCUAGGUGAAUACUGGACCCAAAUUUUCCUCUCAAUUUAAUAAAAGUAUACUUGGUUAAGAUCCCCUGUCAAAAAAUCCUUUUCAUGCCCUUAUGUCACAUUUACAAAUGCGUUCACUUUUGCUAGGUUUCUGUUCAGUAAUAGAUCACAGCUGACGUCAAAAUGUAGUUUAAAAAAACUGACACACAAGAUACAGCCAAGUGUGUCACUGAUGUACUUAGCACAUUUUGACUCCAAAUUUGAUAUAUUACUGUACAGAUUUACAGCAACCCCAAAUCAUAUUUGUUUGUGUGAUAAAAAAAAAACUAAACUAAAUGUUGUGGCAUCAUCUUUAUGUAUGUCCUCUGAUAGAUCAUAGGUAGGAAACAAAAUUAAUUAACUAAAUUAAAUCAAUUAACAUAUGAUCCAUUCCUAACAUUAUAGUAGUAAUUGAGACUGUCCUUCUGUGCCAUUUGUCAGAUUAUAUCAUUGGAAAUGGUUGUUAAUGCUUAUGGCUAAAUCAUUCAUUUUAGUUGCUGGCAUUUGCAAGCACAUCUGUGACAAAUUCAGUUGCCUUAAUGGUUCCUUUAAGAAACCAGGAUUUUGUUGUUGAAAAAGUGUAAUUUCUAUUUCUGUUUUCCUUUGUAUGCUUUGGCUGAAAGACAUCAAUUGAAUGUGGAAGAGAAGACCACUAAUUGACUUCGUUUAUUCUCUCUCUAUUUUCACACUGUUCAAAAUAAACCUUGUUCGUCCCAAAAUAUUUUGUCCUAAGCAAUCUUUUUGUUUAUCCUUGGGGAUUGUAGGUCCUGUAAGCAGAUAAAAUUAAAGCUUUAGAAAAACUUUUGGGGACAAAUAAAGUGUUUAAUGUUUAAAAACACUAAUAAAUUAAGCUGAAAAUGUUUAUAGUUGUGG